CAACUCGAAGGGUAUAAAUACCAGCGAGUGGGACGAGCGAACUAGAGGCUCGGGAGUGGGGAGGCGUCUGUUGAGCGGUGCAACGGCGGGGCAACGUCCAGCCAUGUGGGCUGGGCUAGGGCUAGCUCUGAUCCUCUGUCUCCUCCCAGGAGGAGGAUCAGAGCAUCUGGGUGAUUGUAAAGAACCUCCAGAAUGGAACAUUGGGGAAGAAAAUCCCAUGAUGAACUCAAGAGGGUCGGUGACAGUGGUUGCUCUACUCCAGGCUAGCUGAUACCUGUGCCUUUUGCAGGCUUCCAGACUUGGAGACCUGCAAUUGAAGCUGGCAAGUAAUGGAAUGGUCAAUAUCUCCUUCAUUGUGGUCAAUCACCAAGGAAACUCUUCCCAGCUGAAGUACCAACUUCUAAGAGAAAAAGUUCCAGAAGACAUUCCUGUAUACCAACAGAAUGCAACACAACCUGAUGUCUGGACUACUUUAAGAAGCAAAAAAGAUGAUUUCCUGAUUUACGACAGGUGUGGCCGUCUUGUUUAUCACCUUGGCUUACCUGUUUCUUUCCUGAGUUUUCCAUUUGUAGAGAAAGCUAUUCAGAUCACCUAUUGUAAAGAAACUUGUGGAAAUUGCUCAUACACAACAUCUGAAAUUGAAGAAAUAUGUAAAAGAAUCUGGGAGAAUCCAGAAGAAAAGCAAACCGAGGCACCUUCUUCUGCCUCACAGCUGUCUCCCCGUGAGCAUCCCCAUCAUCAUCACCCUCAUCAUCACCAUCAUCAUGGACAUCAUCCUCAUCACCAUCCUCAGGGACAUCAUCACGAAGGGGAUCAUCAACAUUUGAUAGCAAUAAACGAUCAGCAUAACCGCAGAGUCUUGGGCCAGGAACCUGCAGCAGCUGUCCCUUUGCAAGGAGACAGGCUCUGACAAAGGGGGGGUGGCAUCUGCAAACACCAGUUAAGCUGAAACUGGCAGCACUUGACAGGCCCUGUCUCCAGUAGCUGAUGCUGACACUGUCG